AUGAGGUUGAUACUGUUUCUUGGUGCCCUUUUGGGGCAUGUCUACUGUCGAGAAACAUUUGUAGGAGAUCAAGUUCUUGAGAUCAUACCAAGGAAUGAAGAACAAAUAAAAAAUCUGGUGGAACUGGAGGCUGAAGAACAUCUUCAGCUUGAUUUCUGGAAAUCACCUACCACUCCAGGUCAGGCAACCCAUGUCCGUGUCCCCUGGGGCAGCCUCCAGGCAGUCAAAGUUUUCUUGGAGUCCCAGGAUAUUGCUUAUUCCAUCAUGAUCCAAGAUGUCCAGGUUCUAUUGGAUAAAGAGAAUGAAGAAAUGCUAUUUAAUCAGAGAAGAGAACGGAGUGGUGUCUUCAACUUUGGAGCUUAUCAUAGCUUGGAAGAGAUUUCCCAGGAAAUGGAUCACAUCAUUGCUGAGAACCCAGAUCUAGUGAGCAAAGUGAAGAUUGGCUAUUCUUUUGAAAAUCGUCCCAUGCAUGUGCUCAAGUUCAGCACUGGAGGGGACAAGCCCGCCAUCUGGCUGGAUGCCGGCAUCCAUGCUCGAGAGUGGGUUACACAAGCAACUGCUCUGUGGACCGCAAAUAAGCUUGCCUCUGAUUAUGGAAAUGACCCUUUCAUCAUUUCCAUUUUGGACAAAAUGGAUAUUUUCCUGCUGCCGGUCACAAACCCCGAUGGAUAUGUCUUCUCUCAAACCAAAAAUCGGAUGUGGAGGAAGACCCGAUCCAGAGUCCCUGGAAGCUACUGUGUGGGUGUUGAUCCUAACCGGAACUGGGAUGCAGGUUUUGGAGGACCUGGAGCCAGUGACAACCCUUGCUCUGAUUCCUACCAUGGACCCAGUGCCAACUCCGAAGCUGAAGUGAAGUCCAUCUCGGACUUCAUCAAGGCUCAUGGGAACUUCAAGGCCUUUAUUACUCUCCACAGCUACUCCCAGUUGCUGAUGUUCCCUUAUGGGUACAAAUGCACCAAGUUAAAUGACUUUGAUGAGCUGGAUCAAGUGGCCCAAAAAGCUGCCAACUCAGUGGCAACACUACAUGGCACCAAUUACAAAGUGGGACCUAUCUGUUCUGUGAUCUACCAAGCCAGUGGCGGAAGCAUUGACUGGGCCUAUGACUUUGGCAUCAAAUACUCAUUUGCCUUUGAACUGAGAGACACAGGUCGCUAUGGCUUCCUCCUACCGGCCAACCAGAUCUUGCCCACAGCGGAAGAAACUUGGUUGGGCCUGAAGACCAUCAUGGAGUAUGUGCGAGAUCACCCGUAUUAG